AUGGACUCAAAUAAUGGCAAGGCAGAAUCAUUGACAAUGACACCUUCAGACCCUCAAGAUGAAUCAAAAAUACCUGAUGCACAGGUAAAUCCUGUGACAAUGAUGAUUUCCGUACCAAAAUUCCAACUUGUUGAUGAUACUGAGACAAAUGUUCUUGAAUCAACAAAUUUUGUUGCACCAACAGAUCAAUCGUCAGAAACUGCUUUGUCAUCAAUAGCAAAGGGCGAGAGACCUUCAUCAGAUAUUUAUGUGCCACCGCCAUAUACAACUGAUCAACAAAAAGCUUCAAAUUUUCCCGUGGACAAUCGAUCGGUUGCUAUAUGGGUUCAAUCAACAACAACCGAAUCAUCAUCACCAACAAUUGAACGUUCGCCAUCUCUUCCAUUAACAUUAAUAGAACCAAUAAUACAACGUAGUCGUGGAAAUUCAACUGUAUCAACAAUAUGCGAUCAUCAACAAUCAAUAGUUUCUGAUACCAUGACUGUACCACAAAUAUCGCUUCCAAACGAUCUUCGACGUAGUUCAUCUUUACCACUCAAUGAUCAGUAUAAUCGUAAUGCGAAUGAAGAGGAAGAAAAAGAAGACAUACCCAUGAAAUUUCUUCCAGUAACUGAAUCAGAAGAUUCAGAAAUUGAUAAAAACUCCAAACGCAUACAGUCAGAAGAAGAACAACAACAAAUUCAAUUCCAAGGUCGAUCGCCAACUACUCGAGAAAGUUCAAAAAAAUCAUCAAAUGUUUCUUUUCAUGCUUCUGUCUCAACCGAUUGUCAUCCUAAACCGUCAGUAUCUCACCAACGACGACGUACAUCAUGGAAUACAACCAAGAACAAAUCUACUGGAUUUUCACGUUCACAAUCUCAAGCAGUAAAUCUACAAUCACAAUCAUUGCAUUCUCACAUUCUUCGUAAACAAUUUCGAACUACACUGUCCAUGCCUAAUGGUGCUUAUGACCCAUCCGGUGAUACAACACGACAAUCAUCUUAUAUGUCGGAUAGCGUGUUUUUGUCUCGAUCUAAUACACACUCAUCGUCAUCGCGUAGUUAUUCACAUUAUUCUCCAGAUUCAAGAUUUUUAGCUAUUCCAUCAUCGGCUUCGAAUCAAUCAUCAAAUCGAAGUGGUACUGAUUUAGUAAGUUUAGAAACAAGUUCACUUGAACAACUAAAAACAUCCAGUGCAAAUGCUAAUGAAACUGCCAAUGAAAAGAUUCUACUUGAUCAACAUCUACGAAAUAAUCGAAUAUCGACAACAUCAUCUGGAACACCUAGUACAGAAAAUCUAUCAUCGUCCAGCGAUGAUGAAUUAAGUGGUAUUAAUAAGAAAAUGAAAGGUUUAAAAACUGAUAAUGGUGGGGGAAAAGGACCAGUUGAUAAAAGACGAGAUAUUUUAAAACAAUUAAUGUGGUUACUUGAAAAAAAGCCAACAAUUAUUUCUCGAUCUGCUUUGGUAAAUCGACAACAUUCAACUUCUCCAAAACAACAGCAUCAAAAGCCAGCACCAAAUCCAUUCGUUGAAGUAAUUAAAAUAUAA